AUUUCACCAUCAACCGCCGAUGAAUAAAUACCGAAGAAGAAGCCUGACGACGAAGAAGAAGCCAUUGACUUUACUUGCAAGGUGGUCUCCUGCCACAACCUCAGAUGCUUCCCAGCGUUCUUCGUUGCAUUCGGCCUGUCUCCACCUGUCUCACCUUAACUCAGCCUCUGGCCCACUUCAGACCACAAAUGGACCCGGACCCCAGUCGGCCUGUUGAGAAAGCUAUCAGAACUAAACUGACCAACUCUCUCAAGCCAGACCAUUUAGAGGUCCACAAUGAAAGCCACAUGCACGCCGUGCCCCCUGGUUCUGAGUCCCAUUUCCGUGUCCUGGUCGUCAGCUCCCAGUUUGAGGGUCUGCCGUUGAUUCAGCGCCACCGUCUGGUUAAUGAGGCUUUGAAGGAGGAAUUGAGUAGCUGUGUUCAUGCACUGGCUAUCCAGGCAAAGACUCCUGAGCAGUGGGGAAGUAACCCCAGCCUGGCUAAGAGCCCACCCUGCAUGGGAGGUUCGAGAGGUGAUCACACAGUGGAGGAGAAACUGAAGGCUGGGAGAGAGUGAAGCAGUUGUGCUUGUGCAGAUGGACUGAAAUGUGAAGAAUUCAGGUGAAUGCUUAACAUGAAGUAUAAAGAGUAAUCUAAUGACACACAGCAAUGGUAUUUGGAGGUGUUUUUGUUUGGGUUUUAUAUAUGAAUCCUUCUUGGUUUAAUGGAUGAAUUAAAUACAACUUGUAAAUAUGGUACUGUUAUAGCAGAACUAUGACAUACGAUGGUUGCAGGAUUCUGUAAUGAUGUUACAUAAAUGUGCUUCUGCUCAUAGCUCUCUGUCUAAGAGAUUACCGACUAGCAAAAAGAAAAACUACUGACAGAAAACACCAGUUACCUAAACAUUGGUAUUUACUGUGCCACUGAGACCUAGGCCAAAAGUUAUGCCUACAUUUCUGUAACCAAGUGACAAUAAACAUUAUUCUUAUAAUUUCAUAUCUGA